AUGCAUCGUUACGACAAACGAGUUCGUCCAAAUGCUGAUACCCAACAUCCGGUGAUCAUUCACAUGACUAUCGUGCUUGGAAUUCUCACUGAAGUGAGAGAAAACCAACAAGUUGCCAGCUUUGUCAUCUCUCAUGUACAGAGAUGGCACGACCCGAAACUUGCUUGGGAUCCAGAGAAAUAUAAUGGUUUGAAGCAAGUUGUCAUGCCCCAAAGUUUGGUGUGGAUACCAAAAUUAUUUAUUUACAACAGCAUGGAUACCAAAGACAUGCUUAACGAGGAUCGCUAUGAUGUACGAGUGCAACAUACUGGUCAUGUAAAAAUUAACAUUCCACAAUUUGUCACAAGUUUAUGUCGUAUUAAUAUUGAUCUCUUCCCAUUUGAUACUCAGUUUUGUGCAGUCGCGUUAGCCUCGCCAUUGUUAUCAGUAGAAGAAAUGGAUGUAAAUGCCACUCACCCUCCAAAGGAUUCGUACUUUUCGGGUAAUGCCGAAUGGGAAGUCAUUAACGUAACGGUAAGACAAAUGAAAUUCAUGGAAGAUGGCGAAUAUCGUGCUGAGGUUCACUAUAUUAUACAUUUGAAUCGUCGACCAAUCUACUACAUUACUGUCAUUGUGGUGCCGACCUUCUUGAUCUCUGCGCUUUCCAUUCUGGGUAUAUUCUCACCGGGGUCGAACGAUGGGCCAAGGAAUGAAAAGGUAUCCCUUGGGCUUGGCUCCCUACUCGCUAUGACUGUACUGUUAGACAUAGUAGCUGGCGCGAUGCCAAAAAGCAAUAGCAUACCCCUUUUGGGGUUCUAUAUAAUUGUCGUAAUUAUGCUCUGUGCAAUUGGAGUCGCAAUCUCGAUGGCUUUGCUAGGAUUGUCCCGAUCCUAUAUCCAAACAGAAGAACUCCCAUCAAAAACUGCAUAUAGGAUUCUGAUGCUGAAGCCAACGAAAGCGUUGAGAUUCAAUAGCAUUUGCCCAAUUGCUCCUUCGGAAAAGAUUGCAGCCAUUACACCGCGUUUUCCGGAUCUAGCAGCAAUUUACCACCAGCUCACCGAAGUGUCUCGCGCACAAAAGGUUUAUAGAGAACGGAUAGAGCGAUUGCAGUGGAAUAGCCGGGUCGAAAAAGAAUGGAACAAGGUUUUCUCGCGCGUCGACCAUGUAUUCCUGUUCCUCUUCCAGUCAGCAAAUGUCCUUGUGCUGUUGCUGUUUUUACGUUAUGCAUUCAUCCCCGUUCCGGAUCUGCCGGAGGAUUUUGCAGUUUGA